AUGGAUUAUGACCCAUUUUUAGCCCCACCACCUUUUCCAAUUCAACAGAUGCCGGUGUUUACUCCCGUUGAUACAUCACGAAGUGAUAAAUCGGAGACUAUUUUAGAAGGAGAAACCAUUGCUUGUUUUAUGGUGGGAGGAGAAAAGAGGUUAUGCCUCCCCCAAAUUUUAAAUACUGUUUUACGCGAUUUUACAUUACAACAAAUAAAUACUGUUUGUGAUGAGUUACAUAUUUUUUGUUCGAGAUGUAACCAUGAACAAUUGGAAACAUUGAAGUUAACAGCUAUACUGCCCUUCACUGCGCCGAGUUGUGGACUAAUAACCAAAACGGAUGCCGAACGACUCACAAACGCUCUCCUACAUGGGAACCCAGAAAAAUACUCGGAUCCUCCUUCCCUGAACAGUUUUAAAGUGUAUCAUGAAUGUUUUGGCAAGUGUAAGGGCAUAUUUCAUCCCGAACUUUACAUUGAACCAGACGCAAAGUGUAUUCAGUGUGUGGAUUGUAACGGGCUGUUUAAUCCACCCAAAUUUGUUUGUCACUCUCAUAAAGCCCUUGAAAAUAGAACCUGUCAUUGGGGUUUUGAUUCCGCAAAUUGGAGAGCGUACCUUCUUUUAGCUAAACACCAAGAAGGGCGAGAAAAACUACUAGAUGCAAUAGAACAUAUGAAAGCCAGAUUUGAUCCAACUAACAAAUUUAAACGAAAACAGGUGAGAAUUUAUUUCUUUACAAGUUACCACAUAAACUUUAAUUCUAGCAUACAACUCACAAUGUCAUAUAUAACUUAA